UAUUGUUUCCUGUUGUGCUAUAACGUGGGACAAUUUCCGCGUUUAAAAGCAAGCAACAUAAUGAGAUGCCUCAAAAAGGCAGCAAGUGAAACUAUACUCAUUCACAUUACAUAAUAAUUUAAAAUCUCGUAAAAGCCACAAGCAACAAAAUAAGGACGAGUUUGUGUGUCUCUACAGAUGAAAUUAAGGAUUAUUGGAUUUUCUCUGCUAUCGUAACAGUCGUCAUUGUUUUUAUAGCCCCGUGAAAAUAUUUAUUUAGAUCAUAUACCAAAUGUAUAAAUUUUGGAUAAUUGGAUUAGUUCUAGCAAUGCUCGAAGAUCUUUGUAGCUCAGUAAAAAUACAAAAAAUCACUGUGCCAUCUGUUGUCGUGAUGGAUUACAAUCUAAAUUUAAGCGAAAGACCAAAUUUAUCUGCCCCUGAGUUCCUGCUUGAUUGUGAUUUCGAUAUGGAAGAAAAUGAAAGCGGAUUAGUCAUCAAAUGGCUACUAAAUAACCAGGCCAUAUAUCAAUGGAUACCACCUCGGCUGCCAACAGCGCUUUCGCUGUUGAAAAAUCGAAUUAGAAAGAAUUUCACCGUUUCAGAUGAUCCAAUGAAAAAGUAUCGCGGUUUGGCUGUGACGAAACCAAUGCUUAACUUCUCGGGCAACUACACUUGCUCAGUGCAGACGUUUCAAUCUUCAGAUAAGAAAACAUCACACUUGCAAAUAAUUGUGCCAGAAUCGCAUUUCAAGCUGAAUUACCGUACAGACUUCGAUAGUAUGGUGCAAAUCAAAUGUAGUGCUUUCAAUGUGUAUCCGGAACCAAAAUUAUCGUUAAACAUAAAUAAUGUAGAGUUGAAAAGUGAUGUUAAAUUAGUUAAGGACAGUAGAGAUGGUUUAUUUGAUGUCAAAGUGGUUGCAAAAUAUCCGAAGAAUUCUUUGAAGUCCGAAACGAUAAUCAACUGUCAAUUAACAAUACCAGACACGAACUAUACGAAGAUACAGGAGACUGUUUAUUAUGAACAAGAACCAACGUCAUCAGAUCCGGAUUCAGAUGAAGAAGCUGAUCUAGUUUUGUCUCUAGAGACAGAGACAGGACUUUUGACGAAUCAACAUACAAAAGACCACUCAGCAUCAUCAUCGAAACCUUUCACCAUUGUAUUCUUCGAGUGCUACAUGAUACUAUUUUUUACGAUUUUUGUAACAAAGCUUUGUUGAGAUUGGAUGUAUUUGUUGAGCUAUCACAAAAAGCUGCCACAUGAGAAUCAUCGAUUGUAAGUUUCCACUGAAAAGAAGGAAAAUCAGCGGUAACUGAGAAGAGAAUGGAUGAAAGGAUAACCAACAGGCAACAUGGACUUGAUCAACAAGGACUUCAAGUGGAGACCACUUUAAACAAAGACAUAAUAAACAAUGAUUGAAUUAAAAACAGUGUAUAAAUGUUAGGAACAUAGUUCGCUAUUAGUUUUGAUGGGCAGAGAAGCAGUGCUUGAAUAAAUUACAAUUUGAUUACUAAAUUCUAACUAAAUUGAUGAAGAAAAAUUACACCCAAAACGAUACACGAAAAAUUUUCCGUUAACCGUGAUUAAUGGAUAAUGUUGCUAUGUAUGUAGAAAGUUGGAUGAAAAGCGGGGAAAAUUUAGUGCUUUUACGGAAAAGAAAAAAAAAUAGUAAUUUGGUGAUAUUUUUUCAUGACGAAUAUAAAAAUAAUAAAAAAAAUAUUGAAUAUGUUUAGAUUCCUAUAUGAGAAAAAAAUGAUAAGUGUUAUUUGCUGUAUUUAGUAACGUAAGGGAGACAAAAUUAUACAAUAAUUAAUGAGACAAAACAUGAUGGAAGAAAUAAAAUGAAUUUUUAACUGAAAGUAAAGUUUACUUCAUCAUUUUCG